GUUAGGGGCGUUUGCGCCUUUUUCAUGCUGCAUUUCUGUUCCUGCAAAGAGACAGAGAGGCAUCCUGAAGAAUUGGGAGGGAAAUUUUAAAAUCGCCACUUGAAAACAGAAUGAGACGUCAAACUGCGGAGAUGAAAGGUCCAGGAGUGAAACAUCCCCAGAUGUUCCUCCUCAACCAGUACUGGAGCGCCACCUGGGGGACAACAGGGGUUCCUGGGCCAGGAGGGAUGGAUGGUACUUGAAGUGGGAUCUUGGUCAGAUCCAGGGAUCUCUUCCCAAUGGGACUGGAAAACCUUAACAUCAAAGAUGGAUCCUGAUGAGAUUCCUGAACUACUUCAGUUUACCUUUCAGUUCAGUUCCUUCUUCAAUGCAACAGACUAAACCAGAAGCCCAGUUAGCUCAGACAGAACCUCAUCUUACACUAAAUGGAUUCUCCAUGGGGUUAAAGGUCAGGGAAAUUUGCUGGCCAGUCAAGAACAGGAUCUCCAUGGACACUGAACCAGAUUUGGUACCUUUGGCGGUGUGGGUCGGUACCAAGUCCUGCUGGAAAAUAAAACCAGCAUCUUCAUACAGUUUGUCAGCAGAGGGAAUCGUGAAGCGCUCUAGAAUUUUCUGCAUAAACUGGACUUCAGGAAACCCAGUGGACCAGAACCAGGAGACAACAUGGCACCUCAAGCUUCACUCUGUACUUCAACCAACAUGGACGCUGUGCUUCUCCGUUCUUCAGACCCUGACACCCUGAUUACAAAAUGAAAUGCAGAGUUUUCUCUCCUGUGAAGAAAGGACUAUGGACCAAACCUCAACAGUUCAGCUCCUUUUCACCUUCGCCAGGUAAGACGAUUGAUGGUUGAGAUGAAACCCAUCAACCUGCUACCGCUUCUUCUGCUGUUCUUUGGACAAAUUCAAGGUUCCACUGAGAUGAUCCAAAAGUUUCUUCCAACUGGAAAAGAAUCAAAUAUUAGUUUCCCUGUAGAAAAGCUUCCUAAAGAUUCUACGGUUUUAUGGUUUGAUCAUUUAAAUAGGACCAUAGGAACAUAUUAUUCGUAUGGAGAAACAAAAUUGGAGCAGCGUUUCGAUGGAAAAGUGAAGAUUGCUGGACCAACAACGCUGACGUUUCUGAGUCCACAGACAUCAGACAGUGGAUUAUAUUGUGCAAAGGUGAUAGGAGAUAAACAUAAUAAUACAGUGAUGUGCUUCAGCGUCACAUUUGCAGACCAAAAUACGGUUUCCACAGUUGCUGUUCUUGCUCUUUCUCUUGCUGUUCUUGCCAUCAUUGCUGCUGUUGGACUUUGGUGCUGUUUAAAGAAGAAAUGUCAAGACCAGACUGAAGCCGUAGUCUUCUCUGCAAACUCUGGAACAAAUUCUUCAAUUGUCCAGAUCCUUCUACCACCUACCCAAGACAACGGAGAUCCUCACAACAUCGAGGAAAAUGCUGCAGAUUCACCUGUUUAAAGCUGCAGAGAAACCCGCAGACUGUCACUCUGUGCUGCACUACAGUCCUCUCUCCACAACUUGUGAACAGCAGAAUUAGUUUUCCUGUAACUUCAGGUUACAGGUGGGGUGUUGUGGUGGCGCAGAGAAAACCUAAACUAUUGCUUCCUGUGUUGAGGAUUUAAAUUUGAACGUUUUCCUUUGAUGUAUGCAACGUGCUAGUUUGACGCUAUGAAGCUUACCCGAAACAACCUGCACUGUAGAUAACCGUCCUCCACAGCGAAUAGAUAAGAUCCGAUCUGAACGCGGCUGCUGUUAAUUUUAACGUUAAUUUAAUAUUUGGAAGUGUGGCCAACAUGGACUGAACGAUUUUGUUCACUUCCUCCUUUCCUAUUGCUAAAACUACAGACUACAAUUCUAAAACAG